AUGAUCUCCUCGUCGUUUGUGGCAUUUGUUUUCUUCUCGCUGUACUUAGAACAUCUCAUCUUUGGCCCGAAUGCUUUUGCUUUUGCUUUCCUGACCGUUGGGCAACGCAGAUUCCAACAACAGAGUCGAUCUUCAAGCAGAUGCGCCACGAAGAAAGAAGGAUACAAGUUUGGUGACAUCAGUCGUGGGCUGAUUGGUAAAUUUCAAAAGGAUGUCAACUCAUUGACUGGCAAGAAGAAGUAUGAACUCGGUGACUUUACUCGGUGGUUGGAUCAAAAGGGACGAAGCGAGGUUGGCAGCUGGGUGCAAGGAUUUACGGACAAGCCGAACUACAAAGUUGGCGACCUGUCCCGCGAAGUUCUUCGGAGAUUGCGAAGCGGAGAAUAUAGCACAGAGGACAUUAUGUUGUUUUUGAAGAUCGUCGCAAUUGUCGGGGCUAAUGUCCAGCCAGUGGCAGCGGUGCUUCCAAUGAAAGUCUUGGUAGAAAUGGUGGAGGUCAGCCUGGCACAGGACUUGUCAACCAAAGUUGUGGGAAUACUAACGAACGAAGUUGACUCAAGGAUGAAAGAGAUGGUAACUGGGGACAAGGAUUACAAAUUGGGUGACGUGACAAAGAAGACAUUGACAGGAAGUAAAGACUACCAGCUAGGGGAUUUUACAAAAGGAAUCGUAGAGCAAAUGGCAUCAAAGGACUAUGAAUUUGGUGAUAUCACAAGGAAGCUGUUGAAUAGAGGGAAUAAAGAAGAGGUGGGCGCGUCCAACACUGCUGACCAACAACAGAUUGAGGACACAACAAACCAAAUAAUGGAAGCAUGCGACAAGAGACACUUUUCCUCGAAGCAAGACGAUGCAGCUAUAAAAAAUAUCGAGUUAGAAGCAUGGGACCAGAAACUUCUCAAUACUAUUGAGCGCAAGAACAGGGGUAAUUCCUAA